AUGGUCGCAUUCUUGCCCUUCAUCUCCGCCGUCUUCGGCUGGAUCUACACCUUGGCCUGGAGUCUCUCCUUCUAUCCCCAGCCGCUGCUCAACUGGCAGCGCCGGUCGACGUCUGGCACCACGGCCGACUUCCCUACCAUUAACGUGAUCGGUUUCGCCGCGUACUUCGUUUCCAACGUCGCCUUCUACUACUCCCCCGUCGUGCGCAGCCAAUAUGCCGCCCGCAACAACGGCUUGACUCCGACCGUCGCCUUCAACGACAUCGUCUUUGCGGUGCACGCCCUUGUCCUCAGCCUCAUCACCGCCUCGCAGUAUGUCCUCCGCCCGCUCUGGGGUUUCGACUCUAGCUCUGGCGCUCGCCCUAGCCGCUUUAUCACUGGCAUCAUCGCCGGCUCCGCGCUGGGCGUCUUGAUCACUUGCUUCAUUGUCUGGGCGAGUCCAUCUGGGAAUCCCGCGACCGACUGGUGCGAGCUGGACAUUGUAUACGCUGUUGGCUACGUCAAGCUCUUGGUGACGCUGGUCAAAUAUUCGCCCCAGAUCCUCGCCAACUACCGUAACAAGAGCACGCGCGGCUGGAGCAUCUGGCAAAUCAUCCUCGACGUGGUUGGAGGCAUUCUGAGCUUGGCGCAGCUCGGUAUCGACAGCUACCUCCAACACGACUGGAGCGGCGUCACAGGCAACCCCGUAAAGCUUAUGCUCGGCAACUGCAGCUUGGUGUUUGACUCCAUUUUCAUGUUCCAGCACUAUGUGAUUUACCGUGGCAAGGCUACCCCGGACGAGGAGCAGAGGCUUCUUCCGGAAGAGGACAGGAGACAUCGCGAUUAG